AACGAACGCCUCGGUGUAUUCAGCCAUUUUGUAUGAAAAUCAAGGAAAUCUGCCGCCGUUCCAGAGACCUGUGGAUUAUAUCGAACGAUGGAAGGACACAAAUUAGAUGCUGAUCUGUAUCCUAUGGGACCUGGCUACGUCACAGACAUAGAUGUCUCAGUGGGUACCAAGAGGGGAUCUGAUGAACUCUUCUCCUCCUACAUCAUGACCCCAGCCAACGGUAAUGACAGUAAGAAGUUCAAAGGUGAGAUGCGGAGCCCCAGCGCUCCAUCGCGUGUCAUCCACCUGCGCCAGCUGCCCGGGGACAUCCAGGAUUCUGAGGUCAUCAGCAUGGGAAUGCCCUUUGGGAAGGUCACCAACCUUCUGAUGAUGAAGGGAAAGAACCAGGCGUUCCUGGAGAUGAACACUGUGGACCAGGCUCAGACCAUGGUGAACUACUACGCUACGGUCACCCCCCUCAUCAGACAGCAGCCUGUAUUCAUGCAGUACAGCAACCACAAGGAACUCAAGACCGACAACUCACCUAACCAAGUAAGAGUCCAGGCAGCACUGCAGGCGGUGAAUGCUGUCCAGGGUGGCACCAUGUUGGGCUCUACCAUGUCCGGUAUGGGGGGUGUAAUGGGUGCUACCAUGUCAGUUGGAGGGGGAGAGAUGGGAGCCAGAGGCAUGGCCACCCAGAGCCCUGUCCUUAGAGUCAUAGUGGAAAACCUCUUCUACCCCGUCACACUGGAAGUCCUGCACCAGAUCUUCUCCAAGUAUGGGUCUGUUCUGAAGAUCAUCACCUUCACUAAGAACAACCAGUUCCAGGCUCUGGUCCAAUACGCUGACCCCAUGACGGCACAGCACACCAAAAUGUCUCUAGACGGUCAGAACAUCUAUAACGGUUGCUGUACUCUGAGGGUGAGUUUCUCCAAGCUGACCAGCCUCAACGUGAAGUUUAACAACGAUAAGAGCCGUGACUACACCAGACCUGACCUUUCUACUGGAGAGCAACACAACCCUCAGCCUGGAAUGGACCAGCACGCGAUGGCUGCUGCCGCCUUCGGGUCUCCAGGUCUGAUCUCAGCGUCUCCGUAUGGACACGGAUUCCCCCAGGCCUUCACUCUACAGCAGGCAGCAGGUUUGUCUAUGCCCGGUGCCUUGGCGUCAUUUGGUAUGGGUCCAGGGGGCAUGGCCGCUAGUCGUCUCGGCCUGCAAGCCCUCGGCGGUGGAGGAGGACAAGCUGGCGUCCUAUUGGUCAGCAACCUCAACCCAGAGAGCGUUACACCAAACUGCCUCUUUAUUCUCUUUGGUGUGUAUGGCGACGUGAUGAGAGUGAAGAUUCUGUUCAAUAAGAAGGACAACGCUCUGGUCCAGAUGGCUGAUGGCACACAGGCUCAGCUAGCGAUGAGCCACCUGAACGGGGUGCGUCUCCAUGGCCGGUCUCUACGUGUCUCCAUGUCUAAACACACCACCGUACAGCUGCCCAGAGAAGGCCAUGAGGACCAGGGGUUGACAAAGGACUAUGCCACCUCUCCUCUCCACCGUUUUAAGAAGCCUGGCUCCAAAAACUACAACAACAUCUACCCUCCCUCUGGCACACUGCACCUCUCCAACAUACCGUACGUACACACACACACACACACAACAUCCCCUUUAUGUUUGAUUGUCCUAUUGCUUUCUCUUUCUCUCUCUAGUCCUGCAGUAGGGGAGGAGGAUCUGAAGGCACUGUUCAGCAGUUCAGGAGCUUCAGUCACGGCCUUCAAGUUCUUCCAGAAGGACCGUAAAAUGGCUCUGAUCCAGAUGAGCUCAGUGGAGGAAGCUGUUGAGAGUCUCAUCGAGUUCCACAACCAUGACCUGGGAGAUAACCACCACCUCAGAGUGUCUUUCUCCAAAUCUACCAUCUAACACAAUCACUCACACACAGCUGUAACUAGAGUAUAGACCAAACCUGUUCAUCAGAAUGCCUUCCACGUCGUUUGUAUGUCAAGUCUUGUUCUACACGAGACACUUAAUCAUUCCUUUAUACUUGUUUAAGUUUUAUCAUUAUUUUUACACAAUUAUUUACGUUUACUAUGGAUAUAAUCGGUUCAUAUUUUAUUUUAGUAGUUCGACUUCUAUGGAGGGAAACUCAUAGAACUCUCCAAGAUACACAUCUAGUAUUUCUGUUUCUACACUCUGCAGAAUGCACAUCUAGUCCUUCUGUUUCUAGAUUACAAUGUUUUUUCAUUUGAUAUACUUAAAAAAAAAAAAAUCCAUUGAUUAAUGUUUUCUGUUUCUACUGUCUGUCCUUGGGAUCUUCACCACUAGUCAUAUUGCUCUAACAAAAUGCCUUUCCGCAACAGUCUAGUGCCUUAACCAGACCAGCCGGCUAGCCUUUCCAUGCUAUUACAUUGAUUUUAUACGAUUUGGACUCUUAAAAAAAUAUAUUUCUUUGAACAUCAAUAAUUUGAUUUGAAAUAUAUGGCUGUGGUCUUACCUUUUUGGUUUCUAGAUGUACACUAUGCAUUCCAUUGUAUUUUUGUAACAUUAGUAGUUCUAUACUCUUAUCAUUUUCUAUACCGUGUACUGUUUGAUAUCUACCGGUCACUGUGCCUCAAGUCUUAAUUCUUGCUCCAGGGGUGCCAUUUAAAAUCAUGCAGCAUUUAGUCUUUAGUGCCUACUUCACCCCUAAUAUUUUACAGAUACACACAUGCAAUUCUCCAAUUUUAUUUCAUACAGCCUUAGGUAUUUAGUGCCUACAACACAAACGUAUUUAUUACCUUUGUUCUGUCACUGACUAUCUAUAUAUGGCUUUUGCUAUAGAUUCUUCUGUAGCAUAAAUUGUUUCAUGUAGCUAUUGAUGGUUGAUGUUAUUGAGGACCAAAGUACCUACCACCCCUGCUACUUAAACGAUCCGUGUCAGUGUAAAAGACAACGUUCUAAACUCUCUUCUCCCAUUGGUUUGAUUCUAUGGUCCAAAUCGCCUUUAGGGAUUUGAUUUUGUUUUCAUUUUAUACCUAAUCAGUUGGCCACUAGAUUUAAAAAUCGUAAUUUUGAGUGAGUUAUACCUUGAAUUUGUGAUAUUUGGUUUCUUGGCCCAUUUCUUAUUAAUUACAGUUAAAUUCCGCUGUUGGUAGAGUACUUUAAGCAUGAAUAUAUACUGUAUGUUGACCUAGUUGAUGAUAUCACAGUGGAUAGCUGUGAGGUAGUUCUGUGUUCCUUUCCUGGCAACGGUUGUCGCUUUUAUUUUCCAUUAUGGGUUUUAUUGGGGUCAGGGGUCAACAGGAUGUGAUGUCAUGAAGCAGGGGGAGGGUUUUUGUCUGUCUAUAUUUAGUGUUUUUGUACCACAGUGAUUUGGAUUGUACCACAGAUUCCAUUUCAUUCCAACAUGUAUAUUUUGAUAUAUAGUUAACAAACGUUGAUUCCAACAUGUAUAUUUUGAUAUAAAGGUAAUGCCAGCUUUCUCUGGAGGGCUGUAAAGAUGAGUUUUGUAUCACAAAGAAAUUAAACUUAAUGGAACACA